GCAGCGUUAUAAAACUCAGAACGCACAUCGAAGAGCUCGGCAAAAGAAAAUCUGAUUGGAUAAAUUUAUAUCAACACAUGUUUAGAUACCGUUAUUUUCUUCUGAAGAGAAAAGUGCCUGAAACUUAUCAUAUGGCAAAUCAACAAUUUGCAGAUGAAGAACACGCACAAAUAUAUCGAGUUUACCGACCAGAUUGCCCCCAAGAAGUGGCUGAUCUGAUAAUCUCAUAUCUCAAGGAAAAGUUCGAGGGUCCGCUUGAGACAGCUGUCGAUGUCGGAUGCGGUUCAGGACAAAGCACCACUAUUCUUGCUCCCUUUUUCAAACACGUGCAUGGAUUGGAUGUCAGUGAGAUGCAGAUAAAGCAAGCUAAGAAAAAUCUUGUGCUUACAAACAUCACUUAUAAGGUAAGUCCCGCUGAAAUUUUGCCAUUUGAAACUGGAUCCGUUCAGUUGGUGACAGCAGGAGCCUGCUUGCACUGGUUUCAGAGAGACAUCUUUUUCCCAGAGGUGCGACGAGUUUUAUCAAACAACGGUGUUUUCGCUGCGUACACCAACCACAGCUUACGACCACUGGUGGUAGAUCCAGUUCAAGCUGCAGAAGUCGAUCGUUUAUUUUAUAAG